AACCAAUAUCUAAACGACUCAGUGGGGUAGUUGGAUGCCAUACCCAAUAAAAAUUUACACACAUUGUUUACAGUUCAUCCUAUUGAUAUAUAAAUAUAUGCAAAAAAGUUCCAACAUUCAUUUUAUUGAUCUAGUCCUUAGUGAAUCGACAACAUGAACAAAUUCCAGAUUUGCUUCGUCGCCGCCUGCCUCUUCUCGGCCAGCUUCGCUGCAGAAGAAAGCAAAGCGAAAAACUCCAAACGUAGUAUCUGGGGUGAAAAAGAAGGCUUAGCCGGUUACGGAAGCUACGGAUACGGAUACGGUGGUGCUUUGGGUACCGGAUCUCUAUACUCCGGCUCCAGCUUAUUAGGCUCUUCCUUGGGCUCAGCUUACAGCUACCCAGCUACCUCAUACAGCUCGGGCUACGCUGCUGCUGCUCCAGCUCUCGCCUCUUACGACGCCGGCUACGCUGCUGCUGCCCCAGCCAUCUCAUCUUAUGGCUCUAGCAUCGCUGCUGCUCCAGCUCUCUCUUACGGAUCAGGCUACGCUGCUGCCCCAGCUGCUUACUCUUACGGUUCCGGCUUGGCUGCCCCAGCUUACGCUCCUUCUUACACCGGUGUUGCCACUAGCUUACCAGCUACCGCCGUCAGAGUGAAAACUUUUGAAGAAAAAGUCGCCGUCCCAGUACCCCAACCAUACGAAGUAGCUGUCAGCAAACCAUACCCAGUCGCUGUCCCGAAACCAGUCCCAGUCGAAGUCCCACGUGCCGUUCCAGUCAGUGUACCACAACCAUACCCAGUCCAUGUAGCCAAACCAUACCCAGUCACCGUCAACAAACCAGUACCAGUCCAAGUACAACAACCAGUCCCAUACAAAGUCGUCCAAAAAGUCCCAGUCUACGUCCCACACCCAGUCCCCGUUGAAGUGAAACUCCCACAAACCUAUUCUGCCCCCGCUGUCUCUUACGCUGCUCCAGCCAUCGCUGCCGCUCCAGCCAUCUCUUACUCUGCUCCAGCCAUCGCUGCCGCUCCAGCCAUCUCUUACUCCGCUCCAGCCGUUGCUGCUGGUCCGGCUUUCUCAUCCCUAGCCUACUCCGGCGCUGCCGCUGCUGGUGAUUACUCGUACGCUGCCCCAGCUAUUUCAUCCUACGCUGCCCCAGGUAUUUCAUCCUACGCUGGUGGCUACGGUAGCUACGCUGCUGCUGCCCCAGCUGCCGUCUCAUACUCUGCCCCAGCCGAAUUCUCAAGUUCCUACGGUGCUGCUAUUCCAACCAGCUUGGGUGGUGAAAUCUCGUCCGCUGCUUUAUCUUCUUUCAGCGCUGGAUCUUACGCUCCGGCUUACGCCGCACCAGCCCCAUCCAUCAUCACCAAGAACUGCUAAACCUAGUCCAAAGCCGUAUAAAGAAUAAAAAUCGUUCUCGAGAAUUUAAAUAUUUUUCAAGAGCUCUCGUUACCACCCUACUUACAUGGUAUAUAAUGUAAAUGUGAAUACAAGAAGACUGCUGAAUUAAAGCUACAUAUCUAAGUUACAUCUCAAUUAUUAACAUCUUUUUGUACCUACAACUGUUCUCAAUCGUGUGUAUUGUUUUUUUGUUAAAAUAGGUAUAUUCAAUAAUAAACAUACGUUUAUUACUUUAA